AUGUCUGCGAUACCUCUGCAAAUACCCCCGCUGGAGGUUUUGAAUAACACCAUCGGCGCCCUUGAGGCUGGUGGCAUGGUAGCGUGUCUGCUCAUGGGGGUCGUCACUACCCAGGCUUACUAUUAUUACUCAAAAUUUCCAAACGACCAUAUUAGAUUGAAGCUGAUGGUGGCAUUUAUCUGGUUUUGCGAAUUGGGCCAUUCGAUCUGCAUUAGCCACGCCAUCUACAUCAUCACAGUAAUUUCUUGGUCUGAUCCUAGAAUCCUCCUUCUUCCACCCAAAACCCUUCCCACUGCUAUCUUUUUCAGUGCUCUUUCGACGCAGCUUGUCCAAAAUUUCCUUGCUUAUCGCAUAAAGGGAGUUGGAGGGUCAUGGACUCUUACCACCAUAUCCUGGUUAUUAUCUCUCGUCCGGAGCGUCAUGGCCAUCAUAUCCUUCGCCGCAGGAGUCAACAUGGUCUCGCUUGAUGAUUAUCUCAAACAGUGGAAGUGGUCCAUCAUGGCGACCAUAAUCAUAGGCGUCAUGAACGACCUCUUGAUAGCCUUGUCGUUAAUUUGGGUCCUUCUACAGCAACGCAAUACGACAGUAUCGAAGAGCACGACUGCCAUCAUAGACACCCUCAUCCGCUGGACACUACAAACUGGGCUUUUGACGAGUUUAGGAGGGAUCCUCAUGAUGAUUCUCUUCCUAGCGAUGCCGCAUAAUUUCAUUUGGCUAUGCGUAUUCACGUUCUUGGCUAAAUUGUACUCAAACUCAUUAAUGGCGGCUUUGAAUGGUCGCGAUUCCCUUAGGGAGAGAAGCGGUAUAGUCGUCGAAUUGUAUCCUACUACUGGAUAUCCUGGGAACUCGACGCUCAGUGAAAGGACUCGCAGUAGCAACCGGCAAUAUGUCGAGUCCGAAACACGACAUACGGGCAUGGAAGGCAAAGCGUCCGCCUCGGACUCUCAGGGUGACGUUGGCCGUACUACUGCCAAUAUCGUCAUUUCCCAAGAGGUCAACAUAAGCUGA